GUACAAAAGUGUAUAUUACCAUCAUUAGUUUUCUCAAAAUAAUCAAAUCGUUUUAAGAAACCGCAGCCAAAUCAGUUUACUUUUCUGAUUUAAAAUGAAAGGCUGAAAACUGUUCAGUACAAUACUUUAACGACAAAUAAAAAUGUGGUUAUUUUUAAACAUUAAAAGUUACCUAUUUUUGCUUUUGGCUUUUCUAGCCAGAAAAUCAGAGCAAACGGGCUCAAAUCCGUCGUGUAAUGUGACUGGAUCACCUCACAUAGAAAGUAUAUCAAUUCAACUCGAUCCAUUGGGAGGCGAUCAGGUUAGUUUGAUCAUCAACUGGAACUCAUCUUCAACAAACUCAAGUGGCUCAUUGUUUGGCACGGAUUCAAACGUCACUGGUUACAUUAAUACAACUAAUUCUACUUUCGAGAGAACGGGAAAUUUAAAUGACACGUAUACUCUUCAAAUAACUGAAAAUGGUGGUCCAUCGGAAAACUGCUCAAUCCUUCUGGAAAAUCCAUACAACUUGAGUUGUUCUGUGGUCAACUCAUCAAAAUUCAAUCUGUCCUUGCUAUCCCCUAGCUUUGAUUUGAACAACCACAGCUUCACGGAUUUGAUUGGUCGAUCACCUCCUGAUGGUUCUUCAAAUGCGACUCAGACAGGCGUGAUUGCCUUCGACGGUUUGUCAGCAGGUUAUCAAUUUGUGGUAAAUUUGAAUGUGACUGAUAAUUCGACCGGAGUACAGUAUGUUAUAUAUCACACUGACAACCAAUGUUCGACCACGCCUGGAGAUUGUAAUGUCACUUCAAAUGAAGACCUGGACUCGAUUAUCGUUACAAGAGAAUCUAAAUCCAGUGAAGUUCACAAUAUCAGAAUGCAAAUGACUUCUGUUGCGUCUCAAUGUUGCCAGUACGCCAAUGAAACUGUUAACAGUAGUUAUUCACUGGAAGCUCGAAGCACAAACGAGUUUUACUCAGACGCAGAUAUUUUUUUUCAAUGCGAAGCCAGAAAUGACAUUUUGGGUUUGAACAACAAUGCAACUUGCGCGUCGAAUGAAACAUCUCUCGUAAUAGAGCCAAAACCUGAAUCAGGAAUGACUACAAUUUUUGCCAAUAUUUCGAAAGACGGAGAGAAUACUGGACUGCAAAGCCAAACAGGGGGAUCCUCGUUUCAGUUUCUUGACCUUGAGCCGGAAACUUCAUUCGAAGUUGCACUCCACAUGACCUCCAACACCACUGGAAUUAAUCAUAUUCUUCUGGUUCAAUGCAACACUACUGCAGUUAUUGCUCCUACGAAUCUCAAUUUUACUGAUGUAACUAAGACUUCCUUCACUGUCACUUGGGAUUACAGCGGAGGAGACGCGGACAACUUUGUCUUAAUAUGUAUCACUCCGGGUUGUGUAGGAAACGACAAUAUUUCCGCUAAUACCAGAAGUUACUCCGUUGAGAACCUAACUCCCAAUGCCCAGUAUCAAGUCGAGUUGAAAGCGGAAAUUGGUGGAUACGACUCAAGCUUAAUCGAUGGGAAUCAAUCCACUAAUCCAGUUCCAGUACCAGAAGAGUUCAUUAGUUCGACGAAAAACGAAUCUUCAAUCACGCUUGCUUGGAAUACUUCAGAUACUGACAUUGAGACGUUUGAACUUUCCUGCCCGUCAUCUGCUUCCAACUGUCCUUUGGACACAAAUCCACUUGAAACUACAGGGUUGAAUUAUCAAGUUAAUAAUCUUGACGCAGGCCAACAAUAUUUUUUCAGAAUACGAGCGAAGUUUGUAACACAGUUGCAAAACUUCUACUCGAUCUACUCAGAUGAAUUUUCAGUUUUCACUUAUGAUGUCCCUGCAAGUUUGACAGUGGCCCCUAGUGAGCUGGGAACCUCAUAUAAUAUCAGCUGGACUUACUUAAACAGCGGAGGCGGAGAAGCCUUGCGAUUCAUUCUAUCAUGUGAACCAAAUUGUGGAAGCGACAGAAAUAUUUCCACAGCGUUUAGAAGCGACAUUUGGAAUAAUCUCAGUCGUGGCAUCAACUACACUUUCAGUCUAAGAGCUGACUACAACAACCAUAUCACGGAUGCAAUAACUGCAAUUGGCACACCUUCUGAUCUUCCCAUACCUUCGAAUCUUGGCAGCGAUGCUAAAAACUCAUCAACGGUGAACUUAAAAUGGGAUUUUUCUUUGGAAAACAGCAACAAUGUCUAUUUCCAAGUCUCUUGUACAAAUAAUACAGUUUGUGACGCUAAGAUUGUAACAGGCACUGAGUACGCGUACUCAGGCCUAACUCCAGGUCAGUUGUACACGUUUCAAGUGCAAACCAAGGUUGAAGAUGAUUUAUCUGAUCCGUCAAACACAUUCAUCGUUAGAACAAAUUUGAACGCUCCAGACUUAAGCAACAUUCAAGCAGAUACCUCGAAUGAAAUACCCCUUCCAGUUAUCUCAUGUGAUGAUCAGGGUCAAAUAGUUCAGGUAGUUUCGAACGCUGAAGUACAUUGGGGUCAAAAAGAUUCAUCAGCCCCCUGCAAUGACAGGAAUUACAGGAACUCAGAAAACUUUACUGUUUCUCAGAACCCAUGCCAGCAGUCCUUUACUUUCAAUCCUACAACCGUGACUGGAAUCAAUUUUGGAGACGAAAUUUGCCUGAAACUGAUGCUGAUGUCAAAUCAAGGAGGUUAUGAAGAACGCUCGGAAAGCAUAGCGAAUGUUUACCUCUACCCCGCGAAGGUGAGUGGGUUAUCAUGCAAUAAUUCGGUAAAUCAUAGCCUCACUUUUUCCUGGAAUCGAGAAGGAACUGUUGAUCAUUUUUUGACAAAACUGGACAACCAAAAUGAAAAUCAAAUUGCAUCUGCAACCAAAACUUAUCCUAAUUUGGAUCAUGGAACCAAGUACACGCUAUCAAUUAGGGCGGUUUCAAACAAUCUCAGAAGCAAAGCAGAGACUCUAUCGUGCCGCACUAAGAUUGAUGUUCCCAUGUACACCGUUGAUGUUACAGCGGAUUUCAAGGUCAGAAUUCAAACAAACGUUCAAAGUUUCAAUGACGAAAUGAUUAUGAAUCUCUAUCUUAUUGACGACCAGGAUCUGACUUCAUGUCAAAAUUAUACCAAUCCGAUCAACCAAAAAACGUAUAGAAAUAUCUCAGACAAUAUAAGUUUUGAAUUUAACUAUGCCGUUGUCCCAGGAAGACCAUAUUGCACGAAAGUGUGGCUUCUAGCAAAUAAUCCUGACGAGGACAACUUUAAAUACCAAAUGAUCAUCAUUCCGCUUAGUUUACAAAUAAACAGUGUUGCUUCCACUUCAAUUGUAGCCACUUUUGGAAAUGAACCGACUUUCACUUAUACAGCUUUGACUUACCGUGUGAUAUACUUUGAAGUUGAAGACAACUCGGAGCAAGUUAUUCGUAGCUCUGCAACAACUUUUGGCCAGCACAGUAUUAACGACUUAAUACCAGGAGCAAGAUCCCAAAUGAUAGUAACUUUGACCACAAGCACAGGAAAACAAGUGUCAGUUGAAAGCGAGAUAUUUCACACAAUACCAGCUUUGCCGACUGUAGAAAAUGCAGAGAGCAAAUCAGACAGAUGUUCAUUCACACUUCGAGCUGACCAAAUUGUGACCAGCUUCAAGGUAGAUUUCAAUGGUCAAGAGAGUCAAGAUGAAGUUGCAACCGGUAGUGCAUCGUUUAUUUUUACUGAACUACAACCGCAUCAUAAUUAUUCGUUUUCGAUAUCAUCAAUUAGCAACUAUAGUUCAAAUGCUACUGAGAGCUCCGCAAUAACACACAGGUGUGAGACAAAGCAUGCGCCACCACAUGUUGUGACGAACCCAUUCAUUGUUCGAAACCUGGAAACCGGUUCAUUCCGUGUGACUUGGCGCCCGCCAGUUGUGACAAAUGGCCCUCUCCGGGGAUACAUCAUAACUGUUAACUGGAGCAGAGCUGAUUCUGGAUCGCGUCUGGAUAACACUCAAACACAGAUGUUCUCAGUGGGGAAUGAUGCCUCUGAGGUCCCUGUUUUCGUCCCCGAAGGAUAUCGAAUUGAUGUUGAAUAUUACGCUUAUAACGACGUGCCGGGUCUGAAAACAUGGCAAUGGGCCAACCGACCAAUUGAAAGUGAGCCGGAAAUAAACACCGAAUACAAAAAUACCGAAGAUCUCGACUUUUUAUCUUCACGUAAUAAAACUUCGUUGACGCUGAAGUUCCCAUGUGACCUUUUUCAAUCUCCACCGAAUAAUCUCAGCCAACAAGACAACGCCGUGAACCCAGUCGAGUUUUUCGAAAUUGCGGCCACAGAAAACGGAGUCGGACCUUACAUUGCGAGUGAUCAAUUUUACCCCACCGAUGAGUGCCCUAAAGUUCCGAGAAUGGGACGCGAGCCAAGAAGUGCAGAGCAAGCUACGUGGGAGUUCACUUUGGGAUCUAACGAAGGUUGUAAUGACAACUCGACUGUCUACUGUAACAAAGAGUUGCAAUCCGGAACGAUGUAUGAAAUCUUUCUCAGAGCCUACGCAGAUGAGAAGACUUUCAAAAUAUUCGAAGCUGGCUCAUACAAGACGGCCGAUGGAAACGGUUUGACAGCGGGAGCAAUUGUGGGCAUACUGAUUGCUUUGCUGCUUCUUCUGCUGAUUGUCCUUCUAGUCACAUUCUUCAUAUGGAGGAACGUUAACAAAAAGAAAGAUGACACACAUGAUCCCAGUCUUGAUCCCUUCUCUGUACCUAACCCUACUUGUCGUAGACUCAAACCGGAUGAAUUGCUGGUCAAAUUCAGAAAACCGAUUCAACUGGACCAGUUCAGAGACGAGUGUGAGCGACUGGCGAGUAAUGACAACGCAGGUUUCGUCCGGGAGUUCCUCGAGGUUCAAUACGAAAUGAGAGAACCUGGGAUCCCCCGUCAGAUUGGCAUCUGGCCGGAGAAUCAGAGCAAGAACCGCUACAAAGAUAUCGUGCCCUUCGACCCAAGGCUGGUCAGAAUUGAAGGGAAAGGAGUCCUGACCAUCAAAUCCGCUUCUGGCCUUGUAGCUGAAAACGAAAGCUGGGAAAGUGGCUACGUGAAUGCGAGCUACAUCUCAGGAGAGAACAGUGACCAGGAGUACAUUGCCAGCCAGGGUCCCCUCCCCCACACUGUGGACGAUUUCUGGCAGAUGAUAUGGGAAAAGGAUGUGGUGAAGGUGGUGAUGUUGUGUCAGUGCCAGGAGAUGAAGAAGGGGGUGAUGAGGGAUGCCUGUUUCCCCUACUGGCCCAAUGAGAUGAGUGAGGCUCAGUGGAGGGGAAACCUGCAGAUCAAACUCAUCGAUAUACAGGCGACGCCCUUUUGGAUCAGACGCACAUUCACCAUUCGCCCUGGAGACCCAGCGGGUUACGUGUCCCAAGAGGAGUUCCCGUCUGGCAGAAACAUAGUCCAGUACCACUUCAAGCGCUGGGAGGACGAAAUGACCCCUCUGUGGUCCGAGUUCGAACCCUUCGUGACCGUGAUUAGGAAGGAGAACCCAUACCAGUACCCUGUGCUCGUGCACUGCAGUGCGGGUGUGGGAAGGACUGGGAGUUUUAUCGCGGUGGACCGUCUGAUGCAACAAAAGACGUACAAAAAUGAAUUCGACAUCAGAGGCAUGGUGGCUGAGAUGAGAACCAUGCGCCCAUUAAUGGUCCAAACUGUGGAACAGUACCGAUUCGUGCACGAAGUGGCCUUGAGACUGGCUGAGGAGGUUCAAAAUGUCAUGCCCAAUGGACCCUCCACUCCCCUAAUUGCCCCUACCCCAAUUGGGUUUGAGACUAUCGAAUUGACAGACCAGAGCAGCGAGCAUAAUGCGGAUGUGCCAUCAAAUACAGUUGAAAUUGGGGAAACUAUUCUAAGCAUCUAGAAGACAAAAGUCACCGUGAACAAAACAAAUAGAACCAAUAAAACAUCCCACGUUUCUAUCUUACAUGUACACAAUCACAUCGCUUUUAAAACUGUCGACCAAACUCACAAAAACUGGCUAAAACUUAAGAACGCACAUAAUGUAAAUAACACAAAUAUGACGACAGUUUAAAAAAUUAUGACUCAAAAAUAAGUUGAGCAGAUUGUUUUCAUCGACUGGUACCAAAAAUAUAGAUAUCAAUUACACGUCAUACAUUUUAAAAACGGUUCAACUUAGUUCUAAAAGAGUCAAAAGCUACCUAUUUUUUCGAUUUU